AAAAUCUAAUGCAACCAAUUAUCACACUACUCAGUACUCUGACUCAAAAUGGGUGCCUGAAUUUUCUGUUAAAAAAUUAAUAUAAACCCAUUACAUAUAUGUUUCCAAGAAAAGCGAUCGAAUGGCUCUAUCAGUCUGACUAUAGCGUGUGAAAAUGGAAGAGAGAGCUAAGAUAGCCCAGAUUUCCACAAAAACAAAACCAAACGUUAGUCCAGCAAUUGAAGCAAGAAACCAAAACUAAAUCCAAAUCCAAGCGAAGCCUCUCUAAGAUUUUCAUAUCCACACAGUGAACGAAAACGACCUCCCGAGAAGCUAGUCGCUAUAGGAGUCGCGCUGUCAAAGUUCUCUUUCUUUUUCUGCACGUACAAACAGAUCAUAAAAGCAAAGUUUAUCUCUUUUGCACCAGAUUUAUAAUUGAUUGUACAAACCUGGUUUCCCGGAGGCUCAGAAAUCGAGACUUCUGAGGUCCUUCGCGUUUUCGUUUGUGAGCUCUCACCAUUUGUAGUAUAGCCUGUGUAAUUCCACGUUGCAUUGAUAUUACAUAAGAUCAUUCACUAUAUAUAACAGAGUACUUGGGGAGGUGAAAGUGAAAACUGAUCAAUACAGAGCAAAACAGAGCCAUCGUAUUUUGUAUAAUGGAGGUGGCAUUCAAUUUCUGAAACCUCCCUUCCUUCACUUUUCAGUUUCACACACUAAGAAAACCGCUGUGUUUUUGCGGCUCUGCUCUUAAUCACAAGUCUCUCAAUCACCACCCUCUUCUGAAAAAUGGCCAGCUCUCAAAACUGGGUUUGUUGGCACAGAAAUAGACACAUAAUCAUUCCUAUCCUACUACUUUUGGUUUCAAGCUUCAGCACCCACUUCAGUUUCAUAGCACAAGCUACUAGACCAAUUCCAACCAAGCUACCUGAAGCAACUACAGGAGGCAAUGUUUUGAACGAGGAAAAUGCUGGUGGAGGGGAAAGGGUCAACGCUCGUCAAAUUGGGUCAAGGCCGCCGCAAUGCCAGAGGCGGUGCGGUGGUUGUGGGCAUUGUGUGGCGGUGCAGGUCCCGGUGGUUCCCCAAGUUCAACAAAGCCACAACAAUGGAGCAAAACGCAGCAGCAGCUCUGCUGCUUCUACUAGAAAAACAAGCCCCAAGAGCACUGCUUAUUCCAGAGGAGGCGACGAGUUGUCGAAUUACAAGCCCAUAAGCUGGAGAUGCAAGUGUGGAGAUUUGUUCUUCAAUCCCUGAUGUAGUGUUGAUUACAAUUUUUGAUUUAGUUUAUAAAUAACUAUUAUGAAUUGUUAGGAAUAUUUUUGUACA